AUGGGCAACUCCUUAACCUGCUGCGUCUCUCCAGACGCGAGCCCAAAGGUGAACCGGGCUCGGGGAAGCCUCCAGCAGCAGCAGUUGAAUCGACGGGACCGGGAGCAGCAACGUAUUGAUAUAUAUCAGGUGGAGGCGGACCUAGUGGAGCCGGAGAGUGUCCCACACUUACAGCACAUCAGUGACCGAGAGUUACCAGAUGAUCUGGACCCUGAAUGUAAUCCAUCUGACCACCCAAGGGCAAGCACAAUUUUCUUGAGCAAGUCUCAGCCAGAUGUGAGAGAAAAGAGAAAAAGCAACCAUAUAAAUCAUGUAUCUCCUGGCCAGCUCAUAAAGAAGUACAGCUCUUGUUCUACUAUAUUUAUAGAUGAUAGCACAGUUAGUCAACCAAAUCUCAGAAGCACAAUUAAAUGUGUCACUUUAGCAAUAUACUACCACAUCAAGAACAGGGAUUCAGAUAGAUCGCUUGAUAUCUUUGAUGAAAAGAUUCACCCUCUUACUAGAGAAGAUGUACCAGAUGAUUACUUUCGACACGAUCCUGACCACAAGCACAUUUAUCGAUUUGUGCGGACAUUAUUUAGUGCUGCACAGCUCACAGCGGAGUGUGCAAUAGUAACAUUGGUGUAUUUGGAGAGGCUGCUUACCUAUGCUGAGAUUGACAUUUGCCCCAGCAACUGGAAAAGAAUUGUCCUUGGAGCCAUCCUCCUAGCAUCCAAAGUCUGGGAUGACCAGGCUGUGUGGAAUGUGGACUACUGUCAGAUACUGAAGGAUAUUACAGUAGAAGACAUGAAUGAAAUGGAAAGACAUUUCCUUGAGCUGCUGCAGUUCAACAUUAAUGUUCCCGGCAGUGUGUAUGCCAAAUAUUACUUUGAUUUGCGUUCUUUGGCAGAUGACAAUAAUUUGAAUUUUCCACUGGAACCACUCAGCAAAGAAAGAGCACAGAAACUAGAGGCUAUAUCCAGACUUUGUGAAGAUAAAUACAAGGAUUUAUCAAAAGCUGCCAUGAGAAGAUCAUUCAGUGCUGACAACUUAGUGGGAAUCUGUCGUUCAAAUGCUGUUCUUUCCUGAAGAAGGCCUGAAGACAAUGCACAGAGAGUUGAAACAAAACAUUUGUUAACCAGCAUGGAAAGCUUACAAGGAAACACUGAAAAGCAGCUUUUAUUGGCCUAAGAUAAGUUUUACAAUAUAGCUGCGCAAGAUUUUGUACUGCUUGAUCCCUUUAUCAGGAACGAAUAAGUUAUUGGUGCUAGAUAGUCCUUUGAUACCCACUUGUUCCAAGCAAGGGAGAUCAGAAAUAUUUCCCUCUCAUUGGGCUGAAAGAUGUAUCGUAAAAAAAAAAUACCAGUUAACAAAAAUACAAAAAUUGCUUUAAUGUGCAGCUCUCAUUUGUAGACACAAAUAAUUUUAGAAAAACAAUGCUCAUUUAAAAUGGGGGGGGGCAACAUGAAAGGAUAGCUAUACCCUGACUUGAACAUUUCGUUUUUCUAGAAUGUAUUUUUAUUCCUGCAAAGUUUUAUGUGUAACUGCCACAUUAAAAACACACAUACAUAUAUUAUUUCUAUGGCGGUCAUCUUCAGUACAUGCCGUGUUGGGUUUGAAUUAUUGUCUUUAGGAAAGUGUCUUUGACUCUUGUAUCAUUUUACCCAUCGAGUUUUAUUUAUUUUUAUUUUUUUUUGGCCUGUACCCAAGACAAGCC